AUGGCUACUUCGGAAGCUGUUCGACAAGUGCUAUCUGGGGCAUUACCUCGCCUUGGCUGUUUUGAUCUAUCUUUAAGCAAUGUAAAUGGAGUAAUCUCAGUUCAGUCCGGUGUAAAUAAUACACGGAAAAGAAGUUCAGUGUGUGCCCAAGUGCAUAAACAUUCGAGAAUUUCACAGGACCGCAGGAGAAUAUGUGCGUUCCAGGCUAGAAACAGUGUUUUUCAUGGAAAAAAUGAUGUUAGUAGGUUGAAUUCUAUGAGUUGCAAAUGUCAAAGGGCAGAAAGGCUUACUGGGGCAACUGAAGAAGAUCAGCAUAGGGACUUGCUAGUAGACGACUCAGAUAAAGAAACAUCUAUUCCUCCUAAUGGCAUAACUAGUCCAGGUAUUAAUGAAUUUGAGGUGGAUCAACAACUGAAACAUGAAGAGGGAGGUUUUGGAUCAAACGGUAAGCCGGCUACAGCUGGAAAACAUAAAGCUUCUACACAGAAGGUUAGGACCAAUUCGAUUGAGGAUGAAGCAUGGAAAUUACUGAAGAACUCCAUGGUCUAUUAUUGUAAUAAUCCUGUUGGAACCAUUGCUGCUAAUAAUCCAAGCUCUACUAGUACCCUGAACUAUGAUCAGGUCUUUAUUCGUGACUUCAUACCUUCUGGGAUAGCUUUCCUUUUAAAAGGGGAGUAUGAUAUUGUGCGGAAUUUCAUUCUUCAUACCCUUCAGUUGCAGAGCUGGGAGAAAACUAUGGAUUGUUAUAGUCCUGGUCAAGGACUAAUGCCUGCCAGUUUUAAGGUUCGCACUGUCCCACUCGAUGGUGAUGAUUUUGCAACUGAAGAUGUUUUGGAUCCGGACUUCGGUGAAGCUGCUAUUGGUCGUGUUGCCCCUGUUGACUCUGGGUUAUGGUGGAUUAUAUUGUUACGGGCAUAUGGAAAAUGCUCUGGAGAUCUUUCAGUCCAGGAACGAGUUGAUGUGCAAACAGGGAUAAAAAUGAUUUUGAAGCUGUGUCUUGCUGAUGGUUUUGAUAUGUUUCCAACAUUACUGGUCACAGAUGGUUCAUGCAUGAUUGAUCGCCGCAUGGGAAUUCAUGGCCAUCCUUUGGAGAUUCAGGCACUGUUCUACUCAGCACUACUUUGUGCACGUGAGAUGCUUGCUCCAGAGGAUGCAUCAGCUGAUCUUAUGCGAGCACUAAAUAAUCGUCUGGUUGCAUUAUCAUUCCAUAUCAGGGAAUAUUACUGGAUUGAUAUGAGAAAACUCAAUGAAAUAUACCGAUACCAGACAGAGGAAUACUCAUAUGAUGCUGUUAAUAAGUUCAAUAUCUACCCUGAUCAGAUUCCAUCCUGGCUGGUGGGAUUUAUGCCGAGUACAGGUGGGUACUUAAUUGGCAACCUGCAGCCUGCUCACAUGGACUUUCGUUUCUUUUCUCUUGGAAACUUAUGGUCUAUUGUAAGUAGUCUUGCAACAUUGGAUCAGUCACAUGCUAUAUUGGAUCUUAUUGAAGCAAAAUGGGAUGAAUUAGUGGCAGAUAUGCCGUUUAAAAUAUGUUAUCCUGCUCUUGAAGGCCAGGAAUGGCAAAUCAUCACAGGCAGCGAUCCCAAAAACACUCCCUGGUCUUACCAUAAUGGAGGUUCUUGGCCAACAUUGCUCUGGCAGCUUACUGUGGCAUGCAUAAAGCUUAACAGACCAGAAAUUGCCGCAAAGGCAGUCGAGCUUGCUGAGAAGCGCAUAUCUCUUGACAAUUGGCCUGAAUAUUAUGAUACUAAGAGAGCAAGAUUUAUUGGAAAACAGGCACAGCUGUUUCAAACUUGGUCAGCUGCCGGAUACCUUGUAGCAAAGCUCCUCCUCGCCAACCCAAGUGCAGCAAAGAACCUUGUGAAUGAAGAGGAUUCAGAGCUUGCAAAUAUAUUUUCAUGCAUGAUAAGUUCCAGUCCAAGGAGGAAACGUGGUUGGAAAAAACAGAUUUUAGUUUGA